GGGCGCUUUUGAACCUCGCGGAAGGCACUCGUGAGACCAGCGGCCCCUACAGGACUCAUGGCGGCCUCCGGGCUCCGUCUCCCUCCGUUGCCCACCAUUCGAGAAAUCAUUAAGUUGUUCAAACUACAAGCAGUGAAGCAGCUGUCCCAGAAUUUUCUCCUGGACUUGAGGCUGACAGAUAAAAUUGUAAGGAAAGCUGGAAAUCUGACAAAUGCUUAUGUUUAUGAAGUGGGCCCUGGACCAGGAGGAAUCACAAGAUCCAUUCUCAGUGCCAAUGUUGCUGAACUUCUGGUGGUUGAAAAAGACACUCGAUUUAUUCCAGGAUUACAGAUGCUUUCUGAUGCAGCACCUGGAAAACUAAAGAUUGUUCAUGGAGAUGUAUUGACAUUUAAGAUAGAGAAAUCUUUUCCAGAAAGUCUUAAAAGACCCUGGCAGGAUGAUCCUCCAAAUGUACACAUUAUUGGAAAUCUACCUUUCAGUGUGUCAACUCCACUGAUUAUCCAGUGGCUUGAAAACAUUUCGAAUAGAAAUGGACCUUUUGCUUAUGGCAGAACUCAGAUGACUUUGACUUUUCAAAAGGAAGUGGCUGAGAGGCUUGUUGCAACUACAGGAAGCAAACAGCGCAGUCGCCUUUCUGUUAUGGCCCAAUACCUCUGCAGUGUCAAGCAUAUCUUUACCAUUCCAGGUAAAGCUUUUGUUCCCAAACCAAAGGUGGACGUUGGUGUGGUGCACUUCAUGCCUUUGAUACAGCCCAAGAUAGAGCAGCCAUUCAAGCUGGUGGAAAAAGUCGUUCAGAAUGCAUUUCAAUUCCGAAGGAAAUAUUGCCACCGAGGCCUGAGCAUGUUAUUCCCCGAAGCUCGGCGCCUAGAAAGCACGGCGAGACUGUUGCAGUUGGCAGACAUAGAUCCCACUCUUCGGCCCACCCAGCUCUCGAUUCUGCACUUCAGGAGCCUCUGUGACAUAUACAGAAAAAUGUGUGAUGAAGACCCACAGCUUUUUGGUUAUAACUUUAGAGAGGAGCUGAAGCAAAAGAAAGACAAAUCGCAGGCAAAAGAGAAAGAAGGGAGUUACGGACUUGAGGUGCCGCUUUAGGGGCUCUUGACCAGACAGGUUGAUCCCAGUGUGAGCUGCUUCUGUGUGCACUUACUUUUGCAGAAUGACAAUAAAAUACCAGUGACCAGG